AUGCCUCAGUACAGACAAGGACAGAAUGUGCGCUACAAGCCUGUUGGUGGCCCUGAUUCAAACACGUCAGAGAGCAUCGGCUGUAUUAUGUCCGUCCUGACUGAACCAGGAACUCAGGCAGGCCGCAAUGUUGAUGCUAGCAAAUCCAACCCCCGUUAUGAGGUGGAGAAUCAAAACACUGGGAAGUCGACCACUAUCUAUGAGGCGAACAUCUUGGAAUCUGUUUAA